UUUUUUACGACAGCUCCACCAGGAUACUGUAGGAGUUUUAACGGAUCACUGUACAAGAUUGGCGAUACGUGGAAACCAAACCCACUGGAAACAUGCAGUUGCACUCCCUCCCAAUUUGUAGCAUGCUCUAUAAUUCACCCACCCAUUGUGAUAGCCUGCAGGGACAGCAGUGGGAACACGAGAAAACCCGGCGACACGUGGCUCGAUAAUCCCCAGUCGAAAUGUAACUGCACAAAAGGCAAUUUCGUAAUUUGCGAUAGAUUGCUUGAGCCAAUGUGUCAAGAUAUUAGUGGAAUACUUCGAAAGAAUAUGGAUACAUGGACGAAAGGUUCUUGUGUGGAAUGUGCUUGCAUCAAUGGUACCAUCAAUUGCAAUCAAACGAUUGUCAAUAUAACGUAUGGGUUAUUUAACGUCUCAGUAUUUCCGAUUUCGGAACGCUACGCAUCACAAACACCACAAACCUCAAGUGCUUGCAAAGGUAAUCUGUAAAUAUAUUGGUUCGGAACUAAGUGUUGAUAAGAGACUUGAUAUUUGGUACAUCCAUGAUUUUCUUUCUAUUCUUUCCAUGAAACUUUUUGGACCUUGGCUAAAACAUUCUUCUUGAGCCAUUACGGCGGGCACUAAGUACAGUAUAAGUAUUCUAAAAUGAAAGCGUUCAUUAUACUUCAUAAACACAAACAUAUUCGAUGUACAAUUCAAUCAAGAAUGGUCUCUUGUCUCAAUACAGCGGUAUAUGGAUGUGCACUAUACUUUUUCCACAUAAUUGUCUUGACAAUCUUACUAUGAAGAACAGCCAAGACAAAUAUUUCACUUGUCACAUUUUACCCGCACGUGACAGUAACAUGAUAUAAAAAAAAGACGCUUAAAAAGACUAUUUCAAAAUUAAAUAACUUAGUUGUUCGCUUUAUUUCAGCCUUCCAUGAUAAUAAAGGCAAGUUAAUCAGAUGCGAACGCGAGGGCUUUUUUAUCCGCGACAAUCAUCGCUGUAAUGGAAUUGAAGAAUGCCCGGAUGGAUCAGAUGAAAAAGGGUGUGAAAAUGGUGAGUUUUUAUGUUUCUCUGUUGUUAUCAUCUUCAUCGAAUCCGAUUUUUCUAGAAUGACGCGCUCUCUCUCUCUUGACUUUACCAACGUGACUCGUUGGCCCGGGGGAGAGGAGGGGGGGGGGGGCACUCCCUUCUCCCUUAUGUGGCCUGUACGGGGAUAUGCCGCUGGACAGGGUAUGGUUUUCACUCGCAGUGUCCUACACAGGAUAUAUAGUUUCGAGUGAGUCUGUCAGCCUACACGAUUUAUUUACUGAAUGAAUUUAGUUUGUACUCCAAGCAUACAAAACAUAAUAUAUAGAUUUAGCCAGGGUUAAAAAAAAACAACUUUGCACGUGCAGCACACUUUUUUUGUACAUUUCUUUGCGUUGUUUUGCACGACUACAACGUGAAACUUACAGAAACGUCUUCGUUACACUUUUAAUGGAGGAAAUGUGGUACGUGUUCUCGUUUUUUUGUACAUUUCUUUGCGUUGUUUUGCACGACUACAACGUGAAACUUACAGAAACUUCUUCGUUACACUUUUAAUGGAGGAAAUGUGGUACGUGUUCUCGUUCACCUUUUUCUCACUUUUUACCUUGCAUUUGAUUGGUGGCCGCUAGCAUUUCUCGUUUUGUCACCACCGCUACAAAAUGUUCAUGUUGUUCUUCAAACGAAAAAAUGUCUCCUUUUUUUAUCUCUCACUCCAGAUCUCUGUCGCCCUUUUUCUCGUUGAGCUUCGCUGGCCUGCCUCCUACUUUCUCUUUUUCUCUGUCUUUCUCUUGCUCUAUAUUCCAAAUGGCAAUUUAUCUAAGCUUAAUACUUUAGACAACACGGACACAGAAACAAUUUCUGCUUUCCGUUUUCGUCUUUAUUGACUCUUUAGUUGUCUCUGCUUUACAAGACGCAUGUGGCUAUGCGAUUUCCCGCCAAAAUAACCUCGAAUUGCAUUUGGGUUGCCAUACCUGUUGAUUGAGUUAUUUUACAUUGGUUUGCAUGUGAUGCGGACAGACGAUCGGGAGGCGGGCGUACGGUCACGUGAUUACCAAAUUUUCUCGGAUGGGUAGAUUACUUCAUUUACUUACCUAAGGUAUUCCACUGCGCAAAACCAAAGACCAUUACGUGAACUUGCCCUAUUACAGUUGCCAUUAAAUAGUUUUAAAACAACACAGCCUGCAUUUUGUACUUUAACCUUAACAGGAUAUUUAUUUUAGGAUUUUUUUAACAGUACUUGUAAUAAGAAGUUACUAUUAUUAUGCCUAUGUUAUGGUAGAAAAACCACACUAAUAGAAGUACAUACCUAAAAAAACUGCGCCCCCCCCCCCACAUCGACAUGGGCAUUUAUCUCGAAAAACUCGGUGUCAACAGUACACACCCAAAAACGGAGCGCGUUUGGAGGGAGUACAUUGGACAGCUAUCAAAGACACAAAUGGCUAAAAUGGACCCAAGGGUAAUAAAGUCCCAUCGGUAAGAAAAUUUGGAACCAAGUGAAAAGAAUGCUUUUUCCUUACUUAACUUUCGGCUUAAGUGGGAAUAAAAAUUUUUUUCAAGUUAGUAUGGUGAUUUCCAAGAUCUUUUACACGUUUCACCACCUCUCCUGCUGGUAGACUCUUCCUAAGUGCUAUUUGUUCUUUCUUCAUUAAUUAUUCAGUUAUCCACUUUUACGAACGGUCUUAAUGCAUUUAUUAAGAUAAGUAAAGAGUAAACAGUGUAGCAAACAGGUAGUAAAGGAUUACAAGCCACUAGGACGAUUCAGUAUGAAGACUGUGUGCAAAAACAAUAAAUUAAACAAUUCCUCUUUUAUCUCUCUUGUGAGCAAAUCGCCUACCUCACCCUUGUAUGCUUAUCUAAGCUAUCAACACCUAUGCAAAAAAUUGGAAAAAUAAGGCAUCUAAUAUUUUACUUCGGCCAGUAGUGAAAAUAUUUUGCACGUUUUCCUCAGAACAGGUAUAAAAACCGACUGAUAACAUAUCUGAUCUUCUUAACCCAUUCGCCCCUGAACCGCCCGUAACCGCUCGUGCGGAUCUAGGUCCUUUCUACCCUUUGUGACGUCAUCAGUUUUAACGAUCAAGGACAACUUUCUUGGCUAUCUUGUGUAGAGUGAAGAGAUCUUUCAAAUCAUACCAGAAUGAGCACAAUUCAGUCAAGGACACCGGAGAAAGAAGCAAAAAACCACGUGACAUUGACCUGAAAAUCUCCAUGAUAAUCUUGUUCCAUUGCCCACCUACCUUUCCUUUCACCUAAUCCUAAGAUCAUAAAAGCUUUCCUAAAAACUCUUCCCACCAAAAUGAAGCCUACUAAAUGCCCAGCAAGAGAAAAAAAAAUAUAAGGCAAGAAAAGCGAAAAAAGAAGGGAGGAGAGAAAGCGAAAAGUAAGUCUCGAAAUUUUGCUUUCUGCGCAUGCCCGAACUUCGCAAGCUGAUGUUUUGCAUCUGGAUCAGAAGGCCGCCAAGUGUACGACCUGUAAACCGGUUUGUGGUAAGUUUUAGCCCUUUACAGCACGACAGUGACCAGAAAACCACUCGACUAGCUUCAAAACGUGUUUUUCGGCAAAAUCUCCAGGAGCGAAUGGGUUAAACUACAAUUUAUGGACUCACGGUUAUUUAAUUGGGGGGGGGGGGGGGGGGUUUCUAAUGUCGGUUGUCUAACACUUACCUCGCCAUACAGAGAACCUCUAUGCGCACAUACUAAUUUUCUAGAAUUAUUUUGUUAUCAAAUUCUAGAGAUUUGCAAGGACGAAGAAGGUGGUACUUUGCUGAUAAACGAAAGCUUAAAGGGAUGGAACGUUUCUCCUUGUCUCAGUUGCCAAUGCAAAGAUGGCUUAACAACAUGUAAAAGAGACCUAACCAUUAACUUUCCAGGAUAUUUCCGGGGUAUGUAUAGCCUUGAACAGAAUUGUACUCAACCAUCAUGCAGCGUCCUGAAGUUUGUUCAAGAAAACAAAGAUUGGUGUCAUGGUAAGAAAUUCAGGUAACAAAUCUCCAUGGUCUACACUGACUACACUAGACCCGUGGAACUGACGACAAAACGUUCAAACCUCAAGUGAAACCACAAGCCCCAGGCAAGUGGUCUCACUUCAAAGUUUUCAGCAGUUUGCCAUCACUCCCAAGUUCUAGAAUUGUAUAGACCAUGGAAAAUUGUCGUCUAUUGUCUUUUACAAUAACGUAGCCAUUUCCGGGAAAUUCCUUGGAAAAUUGCGCGAGAAAAAGAGAAAAAAAUCGUGGUGUAAUUACGCUGUUUUCAUGGUCUUUUACUCUCAUAGACCAUAGCUCUUGGCUAACCACUCUUUAGAAAGAGUUUAGGGUUGGCUUAAUAGUCUCUACAAACGAAUCCUGUUCCAUUAUAUGAUUAUGUGAUUCUGAUUUAACAUUUAAAAUAUGUGUUCGGUUGCAUGGAGUUAUUAGAGAGCUUAAGCAAAGUCGACAGCGACGACAACGAGAACGGCAAAAAAAUAAUUGGUUUAGAUUGCCAAAAAACUAAUUUGCACGUGCAUCACGCUUUUGUGCCGUACAUUUCGUGAUCGUCACUGCCGUCUACGGUGUGAAAUUUCCUAAUUUCACGUUUUACUGAGGACGUAAUUACAAGACAACGACUUCCCUUUUCUUUUUGUGAACUUAGAUACAGUCCUUCAGAAUUCAACUCUUGAAAAAAAAUCAACAACAUUUGACAGAUUAAAAGAGAUGGAAUAAGAGCAAAAAAGUUUGAAACAGCUCAAAUUCACUUUUUGUGUGACGUUUUCGCUGCCGUUGCCGCCAUUGUUUCCGAAUUGUUGCUUAAGCCCUCUAUGGUCAAAUGGUCAAAUAACAAGAGACCCUGCACAAUUGCCGAAUGUUUUUAAUGACUUUUUUUCUACUGUUGGACCAAAGCUGGCGUCUAUGAUUCGCACAUCAAAUCGCCACUUCUCCGGCUUCUUGCCCCCCGCGAUAGUUCGCAAAUUCGUGCAGUCAUUUCACAUGGAAACCUCACAUUGACAAUGUUGCAACAGUAAAAACCUUUGGCGUUACUGGGAGACUGAGAUAUUUUGUCCCCCAGAGUACUCUUCUCAACCUUUAUAGAUCUUUAAUCUUCCCGUAUUUGUCUUAUGGCCUCAUAACCUGGGGUCAGGCUUCUAAAUUACACAAGAUUUUAUUGAACGAUUUCACACCGGAAAACCUAGAUAGAUAGAUACAAAAUUCGUCAGCUUUAAAAAUGCCUAAUACUAAUAUAAUAAAAAUAUUUAAAUAAAAAAGCUGCUUUCCACGAAUGCCGUGCCUUACAGUUCUUUGACUAGUCGUUUAAAUUGCCCAAGGGACUCAGCUUCCCUUAAGUUAAAGGGAAGACUGUUCCAGAGAAUGGCGCCACUAUAGCUGAAGCUGUUUUUGUAAUAGUUUGUGCGCGGUAAUGGAACAUUGAGUUUAUUUUCAGAGUCCCUUAGGUUAUAUGCGACUUCUCGCCUUUCAAAUUUAGAACUAAGAUAGUUUGGAGCCAACCCGUGCAGAGACCUGUAAACCAUCGUAGCUCUUUGAAAUUGUUGCUGGCAAGCUAGGUUUUUCCACCCUAGAAGUUUGAAAAGGUGACCAGCAUCUACGUCAUAGCUUGAGUAGGUCAAAACACGGGCUGCUCUGUUUUGUAGCUUUUGAACCUUAUUCCGUAAGGUUAUCCCACAGUUUCCCCAAACAAUGUUGCAAUAAUCAAAGUGUGGCUGUAUUAAAGCUUGAUAUAUUAGUUGUAAGGUCGCCUGAGGGACAAGGUGCCUUAUUCGUUUUAUGGCCCCAAUACCAGAAGCGACUUUCUUUGUUACUUUCUCGAUAUGGCCACUCCAAUCAAGUCUGUCAUCGAUGGUCACUCCAAGUGAUUUUGCAGUAGUGACCUGGCUAACUUCAAAAUCAUUAAUUGCGAAUGUCGGGGACUCUGUGAGAGUACUUAGCCUCUGCCUAGAUCCGAUAAGCAUAAAUUCGGUUUUAGUCAUAUUUAGAGUAAGUUUGUUUGCUCUCAGCCAAUUGUGAACAUUUUCUAAAUCUUGAUUUAGAUGCAACUGAAUAUUGUCUGCAUUAUCACCUGCGUACGUAAGGUGGGUGUCAUCAGCGUACAUCCUCGGCUCACAAUUUGAAAGACAGUUUGGAAGAUCGUUGAUGUAUAACAGAAAUAAUAAUGCACCUAAAAUCGUCCCCUGGGGAACACCACAACUUAAUAAACAGCUUUGAGAGAGCGAUCCGUUGAUGGAGCACAUUUGAGUACGAUUCUCUAAAUACGACUUAAACCAUUGGUGCGCGUUACCAUAUAUGCCGUAAUUGCUUAAUUUUGAUAAAAGGAUCUCAUGGUCAACUGUGUCGAAGGCCUUUUUGAGAUCUAAGAAAACAACGGCGUUGAUUUUACCGCGGUCAAUAUUGUACGCCCAAGUGUCCGUGGCCUCAAGGAGAGCCGUGACAGUUGAGUGAAUAGCGCGAAAGCCUGAUUGAUAUUUACAGAUUAUAUUGUGCUCUUCUAGGUAGGCAUUGUGACGUAUUCACUCGUUCCAGACAAAUACAUUCAUAUAACACAAGAUCAGCUUCUGCUGGACAUUUCCAUGUAAAACCGUCUAGAUUAAACAUUAUGCGGAAUUCUGUUUUUGAAUAUGCAACAAUCAUUUAAAAAGUAAUACUAACAAACUCUCUCUUAAAAUGACUACGCAUACAAUAUUAAAAGUAGUGAUAAAUUUAUCAUAUACAAUUAAUUCUGCGACUUAAAUAAUUUCUUACCAAAAAUACCUUAAAAUAAUACAGAAAAAAAAUAUUCAAACCAACUUAAAGUAUUGAAGCUGCUUAACGUAUUCGUUUUUCCAAGCGGUCGAGUUGAUACAGAACAGGGGAAUUAUCUUUGAGGGACAAACUUGGAAGUUCGAAGGAUGCACCUUUUACUUCCCUGGAGUACGUAAUUCAGAAUACUGCCCCUCGAUGACCAGGCCUGUCUGUUAUGUAUACAAUGGAGCUAUCUGUUGUGCUUCAGAAUGCUCAGGUAUUUUUUUUUGCGUUUCUUCUUGAUCAAACCGCUGCGGCUAGACUUCCUCCAAUUUGUGGGGUUUGAGUAAUUCAACAGGUCCAACUGACCACUUUCAAUUUCAUUAAGGAAACUCUAAUACAUACCAUUUGGAAAACAUCCAAGCAGUGACCUCGUAUGCUUAGUAGAAGUAACCGUUUAUUAGGGUCAAAUUUACAGUAAAUAUGGCAGGCAAAUUUCGGAAAAAUGAUAGGAGGUUUGGCUGAUUGGAAUUAAUUGAUUGACUCCAAUUAUGUCCACUUUCUAAUUAACCAACACGAAAUAAUUGAUUGCUGUCAUACCGGUGUCAGAUGUAGUCUAUUAUCCAUCAGGUAGGGGCUGGAAAACUGGCCUCCAAAACAAUGGAAACAUACACGUUUGUGAGGUUACAGGGCAUACACUUUUCAAAGUAACGUGCACUGAACUGGAGUUUUGUUUUCAAGUUUUGAAUAGCUGUGGUUUGGUCGAUCAUCUUUCAAAAAAAUUCUUUCAGAGGUGAUGCUGAAAUUUUUCCUUUCCAUAUGCUCUUUUAUGGCAUACUAAGGACAUCUGAAAUUUGAAAACAGUUUUUUGAUGGUGACGUCAAAUGGCCAAAAAAUGGGAAACAAACACGUCUAGGCAAAAAAGGUCUAAUACUCAACCCGUCUUUAAGAGUGGCUAAUAUCACUGAGUUAUCAAACUGAUCAUUUCCUCCACUAUCCAUCUCUUUCUCAAGUGUUGCAGCAGAUAGGAACUCAAAUGAGAGGAAACCUGACUUACUGUCCUAGUGGCCGUCAGCUGGAUUCAGAUAGCUCUCGAUGCAGAAAAUCUUCCAAUUGCUCACAAAAUCUUAAUAUCGGUAAUUGUUUGUCAGGUGAGUGUUCAAUCUGUUAUCUUAUUAACCUCCAACGAGGUUUUUAGAUUAAACCUGGUCUACUUUCGCAGUAGCAAUUUUGAGGGUGUCUACAGUUUACUAACCGAAAAUUUUUGGGACUAAUUUUUGCCGAUUUUUUAGUCCACGCAAUAAAAUAUUGAGAAGCGCCUGUGAUCACGCUUUGAGCUACGGUUCGCUCGACCUAGAGAUAUUUCACUGAGGUCUUUUACAAUUUUGAAGAUGAUACAUCAAAGCUCUUACAGAGGACUGACGACGCAGCAAAAAAGCUUCACCCAUGUAUCCUGUCAUGCUCAAUAAAACUCUAUUCUCUUAGGGGCCAACAAUUUAACUCUUGAGGGGGGGGGGGGGGGGGGGUAAUUUUGAAAAAAAUUGCAUGCAGCACAAAUGUAAUAGAAAGCUUAUGGGAGAAAAAGGGAAAAAAUAUCCUGCCCACCAGAUUGCUAGAAAAAAAAUUCUUGAUGACCAGAAAUCGCCCACCCCACCCCCCUCAAGAGUUAAAUGGUCGGCCCCUUUUUACGGUAUGAUAUCACUCAGGGUGCUAUUACUGAUUUUAACAAAUGUACUAUGAUAAUUUGAAAAACGUUCUACGGUAUACUGGAGCCAUAAAGGGCCAUUCCCACUCAGCUUGAAGGAGGAACUACACGUAUGUAGCACCAACGCAGAUUUUCUUAAUGCGGCUCUCUUUUGCGUUCCUGAUAGGCUACACGGUAGAUCUUCUUUUAGAAGCUCGGGUGGAUGUUUUCUAGGAAAAGCUCAAUAGUUGUUGAUUAUACAUAAUCCAGUAACGCAAUGUUUACAUAAAAAAGCAAAGUUAUUAUUGUUUAUUGGACGGAAGGGAGUAUUAACGCGGAUUGAACGCCACUCCUUUGUUGUUACAUUAUAGUCAGCGGUAAACUACACGCGCCUGCGCAUUAGGCCCCGUCUGGUUCUGUGCGGUCCUGUCAGACUGUUUUCACAACAAACCUUCAUUUGAUAAGACACAGUUUACUCCAUAUUGGCGGAGAGCGAUCUGUUAGUAAAAUGGGAAAAAGUUUAACCCGCAAAAUUUUCUUGCUAAACGGUAUCCAUAAGACAAAAACGGAUAAGCAUCAUAAAGGAUGAAAAAGUAGCAGAUGAACCCAUAAAGAUAAAUGUUUGUGUACUUUAGGAGUCAGUGGAUAGUGAUAAAGUUUUCCACUUCUUCCUUCUCCGUUACAUUUAUUUUAUUUGUGCUCUUUUAUUAUCAGUUGUCACGUGUCAAGAUGAGGACUCUAAUCAAUAUUUUGAAGGGACCACGUGGUCUGUUGGUUCCUGCAUCAAGUGCUCAUGCGCGCAAGGAAAGAUUCAUUGUUCAAGAACAGCAGUUUUGGUAUCAUUCCUUCAGCUUUCGGGACUUGUGAUAGUUGCAAGUGAUCAGACAUUCAUUGAGUAUUGCAAUCAAACAAGUUGUAAUGUGGCUUCCUUUGUUAAAGCAAAUAAAGAAAUAUGUUAUGGUAAGUUUCGACAGAAACAGCAAUAACCACACUGCAGCAAGAUUAGCUCAGUCGGCCGAGCGCUUAAUUCACAGCAGCGCGGGAGAUCGCAGGUCCUAUUCCCGGGGCCGGACUAAUUCUCCAGGUCUUAAAAAUAGAGAUACUACUUUUGUCAUACUGGAAACGGCUAGACCUUCGCGUGGCUCGGAUGACUAAGCUAUACAUAAAAUAGCGGUCCCUCUCCAGCAGCGGACGUAAAUGGUGUCCUUAUUUAGUUCUUGAGUGCUAAAUACGUUGACAUUCAAAUAAAGUUCUUUUUUUCAAAACGGGGGUCGCGAGACAGCUUUCCAGCUCAUUUAGUUAAUAUUGCCGAUUACUCUUCUUUCCUUGCGCACUAUGGAACUUAACGUUAGCGAAGAAAUUACUGAACAAAAUAGAAGCUUCUCUAGAUCGAAAAUUUUGCAUGCACUUGUUGUAAUUGGAGGUAAUUUACCACAGAGGUGACUAAUGUGCUAAGUGCUGCAAUUACGGUACACUGAGGUUGGUUCGUUGUGGGACACCUGAUAUUACUACGUGGGAUGAGCUUAUCGCUCGUCCUCUACUUAAAAUGUUUGCUCCCUGCGGCAAUCCAUUCAUGAUUGGAGGCUUCACUUGGACAUCAAAU